GCCUGUCCCAGGCCUGUGUCCACUAUUCACACUCAGGCCCACAUAACUUAGACGCUCUCAAGAAUGGGGUGUGGGGGAGGCAAGGACGCCAGGCUGGGAGGAGAAAGGACUCGUGGAGCUGGGGCGUAUAGGGGGUUCAAGGGCAGGCAGUGCCCAGGCUGGGAGGUUCACUGAUGUAGGCUCCCAAUUCAGCCUUCCCCCAAGGCCGGCAGGAAGGGCUCAGGAUCUGUGCCUUGCCCACUCCCUCAGCCUAAGGCCCACCGGCCCCCAAGGACUCUUCCAUAUUUCGUUGAGGUCUGCCUGGGGGUAUGGCUUCCCUCAGGGGGAAGCUGGAGAUUCUUCUCCCACAGCCUCCUCUGAAGAGGAGCUGGACCGGAUCCUGUAAGCAGAGUCCUGAGUGGAACCACCAGGCAGCAGCCUCAAGCCAGUGGGUGGCAAGUCUGCAGAUGCCAAAGACCCGGAUCAGUUGGGCCGGAAUAAGAUUACACAUAUCAUCUCUAUCCAUGAAUCACCCCAACCUCUACUGCAGGGUAUUGCGUACCUUCGAAUCUCAGUGGCUGAUACUCCUGAGGUACACAUCAAAAAGCACUUCAAAGAGUGUGUCAACUUUAUCCACGGUUGCCGCCUCAACGGGGGUAGCUGCCUUGUACACUGCUUUGCAGGUAUAUCUCGAAGUACCACCAUUGUGAUUGCCUAUGUGAUGACGGUGACUGGACUAGGCUGGCGGGAAGUUCUUGAAGCCAUCAAGGCCACCAGGCCCAUCGCCAACCCAAACCCGGGCUUUAGGCAGCAGCUUGAGGAGUUUGGCUGGGGAAACUCCCAGAAGCUUCGCCGGCAGCUGGAGGAGCGCUUCGGGGAGAGCCCGUUCCACGACGAGGAGGAAUUGCGCACGCUGCUGCCUCUCUGCAGGCGCUGUCGCCAGGGUUCGGCGACCUCCGGCGCGUCGUCCACAGCGUCCUCGGCGGCUUCCGAGGGGCCCCUGCAGCGCCUGGUACCGCGAUCGCCGCGGGACGCCCACCGGCCGCUGCCGCUGCUGGCGCGGGUCAAGCAGACUUUCUCCUGCCUCCCGCGGUGCCUGUCGCGCAAGGGCGGCAAGUGAGCGCGGUGCCCGCCGCUCCGCCCGUCCUCACGCCACAGCCCUUCGCGGGCGGCCGGGGCUUCCCGCGCCCGCGAUGCGCCCAGAGCCCGUGGGAGCCUCGCCCAUGCCCAGUACCCACCACGCUUGUCUGAGUCCGUCCUCAGCGACCCCUCUGAGGCUCCGGUCCGCCGGCCUGCUUCAAGCCACCUGGUGCCUUAGUCCUUGGGCCCGGGGAAGGGGUCCUGGACCUCCACCCCGACAGUGGGGGAGAAGGAGGGAGGGUCGGGUGGGGCGGACCGGCCUGGAGGAGAUUAAAGAGACACAGAUGCUGCCUGGC